AGCCCGGGACCGAGCAGGGCGGUGCGGCUGGCGGGGCAGGCGGCGGCGGCGGCUGCGGCUGGAGCGAGAGCGCUACGCCACGCGACCGCGGCUUCCCGAGCUCCGCCUGGCUGCCCAGCGCCGCAGCCCGCCCGAGGCCUGGAGGGGUCCGGGCCGCCGUCCAUGGUCGCGGCGUCCUGAGGCGGGGGACGCGCCCGGCGCCCCCAGCCCUCCUCCGCCUCCUGCUGUCGGGCGGGCGGCCUCCUCGGGCGCCUCCCUGCGCCCGCCCGCUCGCUCGCCCGCCGCCUCCCUCCCUCCUUCCUUGCAGCUCCCCCGGCUUUCGGGGGCCCGGGGGCGGCCUGUGGCGCGCUGAGCCCGCGCCGGACUGCGCCUCUUUGGACCUUGAGGGGAAACAUGCGUUUGGCUUGGAUCGUUUUAAAUUCUUAGUUUGGGAUCCCCGCCCGCCUGCCUCUUCCGCCCGCGGGGUUUCUUUUCUUUUUUUCUUUUUUUUCCUUUUUUCUCUCCCGGUCUCCUUUUUUGACUCCCUCCCCCUUUAUGCUCGCCCAACCCUCCCCCCGCUGCUGAGAAGUGGGGGAGGGUCUCGGCCUCCAGGUUCCCGCCCCACCGGGGCCCGGGCGAGCAUGGGGGGCAAGCAGAGCACGGCGGCCCGCUCCCGGGGCCCUUUCCCGGGGGUCUCCACCGAUGACAGCGCCGUGCCCCCUCCGGGAGGGGCGCCCCACUUUGGGCACUACCGGGCGGGCGGCGGGGCCAUGGGGCUGCGCAGCCGCUCGGUCAGUUCGGUGGCGGGCAUGGGCAUGGACCCCAGCACGGCCGGGGGGGUGCCCUUUGGCCUCUACACCCCCGCCUCCCGGGGGACCGGCGACUCCGAGAGGGCGCCCGGCGGCGGAGGGUCGGCGUCCGACUCCACCUAUGCCCACGGCAAUGGUUACCAGGAGACGGGCGGUGGUCACCAUAGAGACGGGAUGCUGUACCUGGGCUCCCGAGCCUCGCUGGCGGAUGCUCUACCUCUGCACAUCGCGCCCAGGUGGUUCAGCUCGCACAGUGGUUUCAAGUGCCCCAUUUGCUCCAAGUCUGUGGCUUCCGAUGAGAUGGAAAUGCACUUUAUAAUGUGUCUGAGCAAACCUCGCCUCUCCUACAACGAUGACGUGCUGACUAAAGAUGCGGGUGAGUGUGUGAUCUGCCUGGAGGAGCUGCUUCAGGGGGACACGAUAGCCAGGCUGCCCUGCCUGUGCAUUUAUCACAAAAGUUGCAUAGACUCGUGGUUUGAAGUGAACAGAUCUUGUCCAGAACACCCCGCGGACUGACCCUGCUGGGCUCGCUUGCUGACUCCUCUCAAAGAUUGCCGUCUGCUGCCCGGCCAGAACCCACUCAGUGACAAAACGAACAGAGCCGGGUUCUCGCCACUCACAGAGCAGAGCUCACAGCCCUCCUGUGCCUGGCACCCGGCGGUCUCUCCAUCAACCGCUCUGCCUUGGUUUUUUUUGUUGUUGUUGUUCGUUUGGUUUUUUCCCCAAUUUUCUGGCUUGGUUUUGCACUUUUCUCCCCUUGGGACCCUGAUAUCUUGACUUCAUUGCCAAAAACCAACCCACUGAGGACCUUCUCCCCCCAUCCUUUCCAUUUCUCCUCCCCUCUUCCCUCCUGGUUCUGGUCAGUUCAGAGGAUUUAACAAUCACAAGUGUCCUGCAAAAAUGCCUGAACGUUUUUCUUAGACCCUUGUGGAUUUUUUUUUUCCAGAAAACCUAGACGAACAAAAGACUUAUUAAAGGGAUAUGUACAGCUGCCCCUGUUUUCAGGCAUUCUGUUUGAGAACAUUCUAGCCAUUGAUGUUCACAUGUGGCAUCAGCCCCUGCAAGAUAGGUUUCUGUAUUUAUAUUUUAAAAUACAAAAAAAAAAACCUUAUAAAAUGUUUAAAAAUACGUUCAAAGCUGGGGGAAAAGGCUUUCUUCAUUAGUCAAGGUGUUUUGAUAUGGUAUUAAAAUAAUGUCUAAUAAAA